AUGUUGAAACCAACCACUUUGAAAGCAGGAUCGUUGCCGCGGUACUUCGACGUGGCCGUCAACCUGUGCGACGAUAUGUUCAUGGGCAAGUACAGGGACCGCGUGCACCACGAGGCCGACAUGGACACGGUGCUGCGCCGGUCGCGUGCGCUCAACGUUGAUCGUAUCCUGCUGACGGGCUCGUCGCUCAAGGAGUCGCGCUGGUCGGCCGAACAGGUGCUGCGUGUGAACAAGUUGCCCGACGCUGUGCAGUACCCGCACCUGUACACCACCAUCGGGGUGCACCCGUGCUCUGUGCUGGAGUUUGAGCCGGACCCAAAGACGCACCUGGGCAAGCUGCGCGAGCUGGUUGCGCGCAGCGUCGCGGACGGCAGCGUGCGUGCGUUUGGCGAGAUCGGGCUCGACUACGACCGGCUGCAGCACGCUCCCGCAGACAAACAGCGGGCGUACUUCGAGCUCCAGCUGAAACUGGCCACCGAGUUUGAGCUGCCGCUGUUUCUGCACAUGCGCAACGCCCUGGACGACUUCCUCGAGAUCCUGGUGCCGUUCCUCGAGGGCACGCGGGCAGACGGACUUGCCCUGAAAAACCGCAAGGUUUUGGUGCACUCGUUCACGGGGACCCAAAAAGAGCUCGACCGGCUGCUUGGGUACCCGUCUGUGUUCCUGAGCGUGAACGGGUGCUCUUUGCGGACGGAGGAGAACUGCCAGGUGGUUGCCCGCAUCCCAUUGGAUCGGCUGCUGAUCGAGACAGACUCGCCGUGGUGCGAGAUCAAACGGACCCACCACUCGUACCAGUUUCUCACCAGGGCGCCAAAUGCGUGCUACCCGUUCGAGUACACGGUGCCCGAGCAGACAGCGAGCAAGAAAGCCCCACGGAUCAAUUACAACGAGUUUCUGCCGUUGCCCGUGGUGAGAUCGGAAAAAUACUCGGCACAGGUCGCGGCUGGAGCACAGCCGCUUGUCAAGUCGCGCAACGAGCCGGGACUUAUAGGCCAAGUGGCCGAGAUCGUGGCCGCGCUGCAUGAAACCGAUCCGGAACACGUCGUGGCGCGGUGCUACGCCAACUCGCUCCGGUGGCUAGACCUAUCAUAG